AAAAGACUGUCCAAGGACGGUCCAAGAACGCCCCAAGACAGUUCAAGAGAGCUUCCGUAGUCAUUUUGGCUCCAGGCUCCCGAGGCGAGGCCGUCGCGCGCCCGCUUGCCCGCUGCCGGCGCGCUCCGCACGCGUCCGCUUGCGGCCGGCCGGAGGCUCCAUCGUGAACUGCUUUGAGACCCGACCGCCCAGGCCGUCGCUCUUCGGCCACCGCUCGACGCGCCAUGUCUGGCGCCCUGCGCGGUGUCGCUGCGAGCACCUUCGACCAGCUUGACGAAGCCGCCGUCAGGCGCAGCCGAAGUCCAAGCGCCCGCCGUCUUCAGCGUGUCUCCAGUUUCGUUACACAGGGUAUUCGUGUUUGGAGACGGACGCGCUCUCCGGCUCCAUUGUCAUCCACGAAGGGUACAACGUUGGUAACGACGUCCCCGGGGAGAUAACUGUGAUGGCGGCGGAGGUGCAUACGGGCGCCUCGGCGCCCGGUCACAUAAAGAACGUGCCCGUGGAGUUCGGCAUCCGGAAGACCACGAAUGGCAGCGGCUACGAGGCGCAGGCGGUGAUGGCGUUCGGGGGAUUUCCGCUCACGGCGGAAUUCGUCCGAAAGGCGAAUGAGGCAGAGCGAGUUCGCCGCAAGCAAGUGCGGCGGCGGCGGGCUGCCGCGCUUCGGCGCCAGGAGGCCGCGGCGCAGCGUGUGGCCGCCAGCGGUGGCGGCGGAGGCCCGCGGCCGCCGGCGACGGUUCCUCCGCGGAGCGCACUCGUGGCGUACCAAGAGGAGGUCCGGCAAGCGGGAGCUGGGAGAUAUGUAAUCGAGGCCUACCAGGACAGCGACAGCGACGACGACGACGCGAACAGUUCCGAUUUCCCUGACGAAGGCACCGUCAGCUACGACUACGGGCACCGCUGGCGCCGCAGCUGCCGUGACUGGGACCACGGCAAGAGAGACUUCGCGUGGGGCUGCGGCUGGCGCAGGCGGCACGACGAGGCCACCGAGACGGCCCACGUCGCGCCCGACGUCCACGGCCGCUCCCUCGCUUGGAGCGACGAGUACGGGCAUUGGCGGGAUCGCAGCUGGCGCGACUGGGACCACGGCCAGAGCGACUCCGAGUGGGACCGCGGUUGGCACAGGCGGCACGACGAGGCUACCGAGACGGCUCACGUCGCGCCCGACGUCCACGGCCGCUCCCUCGCUUGGAGCCACGACUACGGGCACCGGUGGGAUCGCAGCUGGCGCGACUGGGACCACGGCCAGAGAGACUCCGAGUGGGACUGCGGUUGGCACAGGCGGCACGACGUGGCCACCAAGACGGUCCACGACGCGCUCGAUGUCCACGGCCGCUCUCUCGCUUGGAAGUGAAGACAUGGGUGCACGACGCCCAGAGAGGUCGUUGGUGCUCGGGACCGAUGGACAGGUGUUCCCUAUGUGAAGAUCUGGGUGCACGACGCCCAGAGAGUCUUCCAGGUGCACAGGACCGACGGGUGACCGAGGCUGACCGGACCUGCGGCCACUCGUUUCUCUGUCGUCGUCGUUCUCUGUUGAAUGAAUUGGUUUAAAACGCCCUUAUCUUAAACAUGGAUGAGUCCAAAUUGUUGGCGAAACCGUCGGAUCUUAAACAUGUGCAGUUCGCUUGAGACAUCGCC